AUGUUUGCAGGUCGGAUCGGGUCAGGGUCCAGACCCGGACCUGAGCUCCAUGCGCGUAAGGAGCCCGACGCCGCAACACAUCUCCCCUUCCUCGUUCCCCUUCCCCCUCGUUUCCCCUCUAUGUCUCUCCCUCACCCACGACCGGAGCUCAGCGCAGAGAAGAAGAAGGAGACGGAGGUCGGUGCAGCGGCGGCGGCGGCAACGGCAGCAGCUGAGGGUAAGCUCCCUCCUUCUCUUGCCCCCUUCUCCCUUCUCCUUCGCCUUUUUCUCCUUCCUCGCCCUUCUUCUUAUCCUCCCUCCUACGCAGCUUCUCCCUUCUUCGUUAGCACACCUGUUUUAACCAGUGAGAACAGAGUCAACGGUGAGACAAACAAAGGUCAUAACAGAGAAAAAGAGAAGCUGUUUCUUGCAAACCAGGAGAAGUUUCAUGCCGGUGCAGAUAAGCAGUAUUGGAAGGCAAUUGCAGAGCUGAUCCCCCAUGAGGUUCCUAAUAUUGAGAAGAAAAGGGGGAAGAAGGAUGCUGAGAAAAGGCCUUCCAUUGUUGUUGUGCAGGGACCAAAGCCAGGUAAGCCUAGUGAUCUGUCAAGGAUGCGCCAAAUAUUGGUUAAGUUGAAGCACACACCACCACCUCAUAUGAAGCCACCUCCACCGGAACCUGCAAAGGAUGCUGCUAAGGAUGGUUCAAAAGAUGAUGGUAACAACACAACUCCACCUAAGGAAGCUGCUGCAGUGUUGGCAGGAGCAAAGCCUGCAAUUCCUCUCAAAGAAGCAGUAUCAGUUGCCUAAAAGGUUCAAAAUUUACUUUCUUCUCUUCAUGGUUGCGUGGAUUAUUUUGUAUUUGUAUUUGGUCCCCUAGUUGGUUUCCCCAUCAAUUACACAAAAAUGACGAGGCAGCGAUUUUUGGUAGUGAUGGACAGUUAUUAGUGCCUUGUAUUAUUAUUUUUUCUUAACUUUCU